CCUGGCAGCUGUCAUUUUUACUGAUGCACUACAGACAUUCGUUAUGGUAUUUGGGUCAUUAGCACUGUCCAUCAUGGCGUUUGUAGAAGUAGGGGGACUCGGUGGGUUGAUGUACAAGUACUUCGAAGCAGUGCCGGAAGGUUAUAAAUCAUCAAAUGGGACCGGUAACUUAAUAUUUGGUAACAGCUCUUACUCUCCAUGUGGUCUUCCUCGUGCUGAUGCGUUUCACCUUAUCCGCGACCCUGUGAACUCCGACCUCCCCUGGCCAGGAGUAUUAUUGAGGUCAACUAUAAUAUCAGUAUUGUAUUGGUGCGGAGAUCAGAUCAUAGUACAGCGCGUGCUUGCUGCUAAAAACAUUGCUCACGCCAGAGGUGGAACUGUCUUUGCCGGAUUCCUCAAGUUUUUGCCUUUAUUUCUAAUUAUCAUGCCAGGAAUGAUAAGUAGAGUUCUCUACCCAGAGUCGCUGGUUUGUCAAAACGCGGAAAUGUGCAUGAGGGUCUGCAAUAACCCCGCUGGAUGUUCUAAUUUAGCCUAUCCAAAGUUGAUUCUUAGUCUUGCUCCAACCGGCAUGCGUGGUGUUAUGAUGGCCGUGAUGAUUGCUGCACUUAUGAGUUCCCUGACUUCAGUAUUCAACAGCUCGGCGGUGAUCUUUACCUUGGACAUAUGGAAAACGUUCCGACAAAGUGCUUCCGAAAGAGAAUUACUCAUUAUAGGAAAAAUAUUUGUUGUCAUACUUGUUGCCGUUAGCAUCGCGUGGAUACCCCUGAUGGAGACUGCUCAAGAAGGACAACUCUUUAUGUACAUACAGGCAAUUAAUGGUUACCUUGUGCCGCCUUUCUGUGCAGUAUUUUUACUGGCUGUGUUUGUACCUAGGGUGAAUGAAACGAUAACACAUAAUACAAAAUGA